AUGGCGCGGCUGGUUUUCAAAUCUGCGGACGACGCCGUGGCUCUGAUGGAGACGGACGCGCGCAGCAGCAUCUUUGUGGGCGGCCAGCGGCUGAGGCUCGAGUACGACGCCCUGCCGGGGCCGCCUGCCUGGGGCGGCGGCAGCGGCGGGGGCGGUGAACAGCAGCAGCAGCGGCAGCAAGGGCCCGCCCAGGACUGGGUCUGCGACAUGUGCAACGCCAUGAACUUCGCCCGCCGCUUUGAGUGCUACCACUGCCACACCGCGCGCCCCGCCAACGCGCGGCUGGUGGACAUCAACCCCAACGAGCCCUCGCCCGUCCUGAAAGUGGCGGGCCUAGAGCCCUCAACGGGGUGA